AUUGCAAAAGUAGAAGGGCAUGCUUUCAGUAAAUGCAAGAGGACUGUAGGUGGAGAAGCCUAUAAAUGCAGCUUAAUUACAGAGGAGCUUUUUCAUUAACUUGUCAUUUCUUUCAAACUCCUGCUUAGUACUAAAAGAUUUGCAAGAAUACAGAGCUCUCUCUUUCCUACAGAUCUCAAACAAAAGCCAAGUAGAUAUCUGCUGAUAUUAUCAAUUUCAGGUUACAAACUUACAAUCACUGACCAUUUGAAGAGAGCUAGUUUAGUUAUCUAGCUCACUUCUUCCGUCAUGUCUGACUUGCAGUUUUUUCUCUAUCUUUUCCUCACAAUUUCAACUCUAGUUUUGCUCAAACUUCUUAGAAGAAAACAAACCACUCUGAAUCUUCCUCCUGGCAGCAUGGGAUGGCCAUUUAUCGGCGAAACCAUGGGUUAUUUCAAACCUUACUCUGCCACCACCAUUGGAGCCUUCAUGGAGCAACACAUAGGAAGGUAUGGUAAAAUUUUCAAGUCAAAUUUGUUUGGCGGGCCAACAAUAGUGUCAGCAGAUGCAGGUUUCAAUAGAUUCAUACUACAGAAUGAAGGAAAGUUGUUUGAAUGCAGCUAUCCAAGUAGUAUUGGUGGGAUUCUUGGCAAGUGGUCAAUGUUGGUUUUAGUAGGAGACAUGCAUAGAGAUAUGAGAGCCAUCUCCCUCAAUUUCUUGAGCAAUGCAAGGCUUAAAACUAAAUUAUUGAAGGAGGUCGAAGCUCAUUCUUUGUUUGUGCUCAAUUCUUGGAAAGACAACUCUGCUUUCUGUGCUCAGGAUGAAGCAAAGAGGUUUACAUUCAAUUUGAUGGCUAAACAUAUAAUGAGCCUGGACCCUGGGGAAGAUGAAACCGAGAAGCUGAAGAAAGAAUAUAUUACUUUCAUGAAAGGGGUGGUCUCUCUUCCUCUUAAUUUCCCUGGAACUGCUUACAGAAGGGCUCUGCAAUCGAGAUCAACUAUACUAAACUUCAUAGAGAAGAAAAUGGAAGAGAGAAUGAAAGAGAUGGAUGAAGGAAGGCUAAACAAAGUGGAUGGUGUGGGAGAUGAUGAUGACCUGCUUGGAUGGGUUUUGAAGCACUCAAGCCUUGUUAAGGAGCAAAUUCUUGACUUAGUUCUAAGUUUGCUAUUUGCUGGCCAUGAAACUUCUUCUGUUUCCAUUGCAUUGGCCAUCUAUUUCUUGCAGGCUUCUCCUCAUACUGUUGAACAAUUAAGAGAGGAGCACCAAGAAAUUGCAGGAGCCAAGAGACAAUUAGGAGAGGUGGGAUUAAACUGGGAUGAUUACAAGAAAAUGGGCUUUACUCAGUGUGUUAUUAAUGAAACGCUAAGGCUGGGCAAUGUAGUGAGGUUUCUCCACAGAAAAGCACUGAAAAAUGUUCGUUACAAUGGGUAUGACAUUCUACGCGGAUGGAAAGUGCUUCCAGUGAUUGCAGCCGUGCACUUGGAUCCUUCACUUUUUGACCAUCCUCAACACUUCAAUCCACGAAGAUGGCAGAGCAAUGCUAACGGAUCAACAUAUUUGGUAGAAUCAAAUCCCACGACAAACAGCAACAAUAUCUUCAUGCCAUUCGGAGGAGGACCACGGCUCUGUACAGGCUCAGAGCUAGCCAAACUGGAGAUGGCUGUAUUCAUCCACCAUUUAGUCCUCAACUUCGACUGGGACUUGCUCGAUCCAUCCGAUCACCCCUCGGCCUUCCCCUUCGUCGAUUUCCCUAAGGGCUUACGAAUCAGAGUCCGACGACGCGACACUGUAAAUAUCCUGCACAAAGAUUGAAUUUGAUGUGUAUAUAGAAUACAACAUGCUCAGCCAUGUCAAGUAGCUCAUGAGUAAGGACAUGGCAAAUUUAAUUAUACGAUAGAGACGCAUGCAUUCAUGUAUAAAGUUGUAUAUUUGUAUGUACUUGAAUAACGAAGUUUUGUUGA